UGUCAUCAUAAUACAAAAUGUCGUCGAUCACGGAUCCCCUGGGCCAGUUGAACUCUCUGGUGACGACGCUGAACCUUCUCCAAGGACUGGAACAUCUGCUUCUAACUGUGGAGGAGCAGGAGCAGCCAGUGGGCAACCUGGAGGGGCGAGUGCACCGCCUGGAGCUGAUCAAAACGCAGAUGAAGUGCUUCAAUACGGAGCGAAUUCGCAUUCUCGAGCAACUGCGUCAGAAUGUGUGCUACCACGUUACUGUGGAGCAGAACAAUGCAUUUGCCAUGAGGCAGGGUUUUGGCGAACUGCGUGAGGGAUUGAAUGCGCUCCAUCAACGGAUGAACAGUAUGAGCGAGGACAUCACCUGCUCCAUCUGCCUCGCUCCCUGGACAUCCCAGGGUGGGCAUCGCGUGGUUUCGCUGAAAUGCGGACACCUCUUCGGGAGCAGCUGCAUCCGCACUGCCAUCAGAAGGUCCCAUCGGUGCCCGGUCUGCAGGCGCAGGGCCCAAUACUCCGAUGUGCGCAGGAUCUUCAGUCGACGUUUCUUUCCAUAAUGUGGGGAGACAUGCCAUUGCCUUGGCUUCAAUGUUUUCCAAAGCCCGUUCCCUUUGUUUUAGAUCGUUUUUUGUUACUUUAUUUUAUUUUUGAAUGGUUUUAGUUUCCACCGUUAUUCAACUCACGACGAAAGUACAUGUAACAAAUGAAAUGGGGGAAGAGCUUAUAGGUCAGCAUAACUUGGACCUUUUCAAUCGGAACUGUAAACUAUGCUUAACUAACUGAAACCAGAAACCAACAACAAUGUCGAAAUU